UCUACAGGCGUAGAAGACAUCGUGGCCAUAAUGAUUCCUGAGCCGAAAGGGAAGGAGAUCGUGAGCCUGCUGGAAAGAAACAUCACUGUGACGAUGUACAUCACCAUCGGGACCCGGAACUUGCAGAAAUAUGUGAGCCGCACCUCGGUUGUGUUUGUCUCCAUCUCCUUCAUUGUCCUGAUGAUCAUUUCCCUCGCAUGGCUGGUCUUUUACUAUAUCCAGAGGUUUCGAUAUGCAAAUGCCAGGGACAGGAACCAGCGCCGACUAGGAGACGCAGCAAAGAAAGCCAUCAGCAAGCUCCAGGUCAGGACCAUCAAGAAGGGUGACAAGGAAACAGAGCCUGAUUUUGAUAACUGUGCGGUCUGCAUUGAAGGCUACAAGCCUAACGAUGUGGUCAGGAUCUUGCCCUGCCGGCAUCUUUUCCACAAGUCCUGUGUUGACCCCUGGCUUCUAGACCAUCGCACCUGUCCCAUGUGCAAGAUGAACAUUCUUAAAGCCCUAGGGAUCCCGCCCAACGCCGACUGCAUGGACAACUUGCCCACAGACUUUGAGGGCUCUCUGGGAGGCCCACCGACCAGCCAGAUCACAGGUGCCAGCGACACGACUGUGAACGAGAGUUCCGUCACUUUAGACCCUGCUGUCCGGACUGUAGGAGCCUUGCAGGUGGUUCAGGAUUCAGAGCCCACUCCUCAGGAAGGAGACAGCAUCUUCACUGCCAACAACAGUGAACAAGAGCCGGCUGUAAGCAGUGAUUCUGACAUCUCCCUGAUUAUGGCUAUGGAAGUUGGACUGUCUGAUGUAGAACUUUCCACCGACCAGGACUGCGAAGAAGUGAAAUCUUGAACUGGAAAAUACAGACAAGGGGGGUGGUAUGACCCAGGGAGAAAACGGGGAGAAGUGCUCCAAGACUUGGACCAGCACACGCAGCUCCCCAACACCUGGCAACCCCAGGGUGCUCCGUUCAAGAAUGGUCGGAAAAGCAAUAUCCAAAGUCGCACUAAUUACGUUGCAGUUCCUCUAGCUCUACAACAGUCGAUGGCCUUGGCAGCUUGCAGGAUGAAAGCGGAUUGUCCCUACCGUGUCCUUGUAGACCCUCACCUCUAGAAGCUUCUGGAACAGUGACUGCGAAGGCACCAGCAGGGUUUCUUUGUUUCAUGUCAUCUCCCCAUCCCCCCACCCCCCACUGUCUUAUUGUCCUUGGUUUUUGAAUGUUGUUUGAUUUCUUUGGCAAUUCCUUUUUAAAGACUGUUUGUAGUUACUUCACCCCCA